AUGCUUAAACUCAAUAAAUACGAGUCAACAUCUUGGUUAGCUGGAUAUCAAUGUUGUGUUGUAAUCUACACCUUCAUUAGUUUUGGACUCAUCCUGAUAUCUGUGUUCAAUCAAACCAAACUAUUAGAUUAAGUAAUUAUAGAUUCUAAAUAUAAAAGUCACCCUAAUUUUAUACGGAUUGGGAUCACUAUCUCAUCGAAGACAUCCAAAUCAAGCAGAACUGCGACGACGGAUUCUCAAAUAUUCUAAAUUUCACUUGGCCAGGAACUGAAAAAGGCUGUGAUUGUACAUAAUCAAAUGGUACUAGUAUUUACAAAUAUAAAAAGUAUGAAAUCGACCAUUAUUCUAGUUAUUACUAUAUGGAGUGUAGUCAAUUCAUGUUAGCAGAGAAUUGUCAUCCUAGAGAAUAGAUGGAGAAGUAAUAAUUUAUGUAUUGGCCAAUUCUUCAAUAAAGUGUUGACACACGUAAUCAUUGUAUAUCUAUUUGAAGCAUUCCAAAUCUGUGCAAAAAUGAGUCCAUUUACGGCAAUGUAAGCAUACACAUUAGACUAAAAUGUGCAGAAUUAUAGAAAAUGUGGAAAAUAUUUGAAUGUGCCAAUAACAUCUCAGUGUCCAAUUAGUCAUUUCAAUAUCACUACAGAUGGCUCUGGUACAUCAAUUGGAGAUUCCAGUCUCUAUUUUAACUAUUAAAGAGUUGAGUCGGAAUAAAUGCCAAUUACUCAUUUUACAAUUGGAUAUAGUAUUCUAAUUUGUUAUUUCGUAACUAGAUUCUAUUUGUUUUUCUGUUGCAGAAAUAUCUAAUUUUUAUUAUCUUGAUAACAUGAUUGACUAUCAAUGCUAUAUAAAAGAUAAUCGUUUUGAGAAAGUUACAGAUGAUACACCCUAUACCUAAUUACUGUAAGUGAAUAAUGUUUUAAAUAAAUAUACAAAUCUAUUCGGGCAAACUUAAAAUUAAUAAAGAAGUAUUUUGUUUAUCUAUAAUCAUGUAGAUGUGAAUUUAUUCUAUAAAUAGUUGACUAAAUUUCAAUUUAAUUCAACAGAAUAGUGUAAAUUUCAAGAUUUAGACUUUAUAUAUAAUUUGAAUAGUUACAUUAAAGAUAAUGUGAUGGACAUCUAAUUGGCAGCGUAGGUGAUCAUAGGAACAUAGGCAGGCAUAUUUGGAUUUCUGAUUCCCUUAAUUUCAGCCCUUUCCAUAAUAGGGUGUAAUUUUAAAUUUGACUAAUUAAAUCGAAAAGGUUCUCAUUAUAAAAAUCUGUUUGGAUUUUGGCUGGGAUCAAAAAUGAUUGGUGAAAUACUAUGCACUAUCAUAAUGGCAGUAGAUUUGGGUUAUCAAUAAUCUAUAAUAAAUCACUUUUAAGAUUUUAUUAAUGCAAAUUGUUCAGAUGCUCUUACUUUAAAUGAGAUGACUGAGGUUAAUAAUGAAUAUAAAAUUAAGGUAUAUAAUUAUGUACUCUUAAAUUUCAUACUUUGCAUUGUCACAAAUGUGAUAGAUAUUUAUUUAAAUUAUCUAAUGUGCAGAGAUAAACACAAGAAAGGAGUAAUUAUAAUGAAAAAAAACUAAGACUUAAUGUAUCCUAAAAUGUAUACUUCUACUCAUCCAGAUGAGAACCUUAUUAAGUCUAGGGUUUAUAUAAUGCAGGGCAUAUCUCAAUUUGAUAAAGAAAAGGCAUAACUUGAAGAAAUCAAAAUACCAGAUGAUAACAUGGACAUUCACAAACCAGAUGAAUGA